AUGACGGAUCAAAAGCAAAUUGGACUAAUUGGACUCUCAGCCAAGGGCUCGUGGGCUUCCCGAUCUCACCUGCCGUAUCUGCAGCAGACGUCGCUCUACAAGAUUACAGCUCUCCAGAACAGCUCGAAAGCAUCCGCCGAGGCCGCAGCAAAAGAAUAUUCUUUGGACGAUGUUGCAACAUACGCCGAUCCGUCUGCAAUUGCGUCCGAUCCCAAUGUCGAUAUAGUAGCCGUAAGCGUUAACGUUCCUGAACACUACGAUCUGACCAAGCCUGCACUUGAGGCUGGCAAAGACGUUUUUGUCGAAUGGCCAUUGGCUCGCAACCUGGCUGAAGCCGAAGAGCUUGUGCAGCUGGCAAAAGAGAAAGGCGUCAAAACGAUGGUUGGCUUGCAAGCACGCCAAAAUCCAUCGAUCCUGAAGGCCAAAGAGAUUGUAGAAUCGGGAAAGCUUGGCAAGAUCCUGUGCACGACGAUGGUGGGCCAUGGCAUAAUUUUUGGCCCUACAGUUCAUGAAGGGUUCCUAUACGGAUUGCCGGUCGAGGCCGGUGCGAAUCUGCUCACCAUUCCCUUUGGCCAUGCUGUGGAUGCAUUGUGUUACGUCCUAGGCGAACUCAAGGAUAUCUCAGCCACGCUUGCAAACCUCCUACCCGAGCUCGACUUGAUUGGCAAGGACGGCAAACCUGCAGGAAAGGUCAAGAAGACAGCACACGAUCAUGUUAGCAUAACAGGACGCCUCGCAAACGGCGGCGGUGUUGUGGCUGUGACCUACGCAGGCGGACUCUCGCGUACCAACCGGAAUUUCUGUUGGGAGAUCGUCGGUACCGAGGGCACGCUCAUACUCGAAGGUCCAAAGAUGGGCGGUCAUGUUCAGAUGUAUCAGCCCACUUUGAAGAUUGCCAAGUCCAAUCCUACAGCUGCAUUAUACGGCGCCUCGUCAGAUGUAAAGCAGGAACUCGAGGAUGUCGAGGUUGAUAAAGCAUCCGAGAUGUCGUACAAUGUCGGCAGGGCAUGGGAUGCCUGGGCUGGGGUCGGCCUUGAAAAAGGUCACCGCGUCACAACGUUCGAAGACGCGCUUGUGAGACACAAGAUGCUGGACGCUAUAUACCGGAGCGCGGAGAAGGGUGAAAUAGAGAAUUAUUUGUAG